AUGGCAGAACAGACACUCAACAUCCCGCAACUGGUCGUCUUCAUAAUAGUAGCCGUCCUUAGUGUGAGAUGGUACCUGGCGAAGCCCCCCGCAGGACGCACGCGAAUAGCGCCAGUGCCACAUCGAGACUCUAGAAUAAACCCCACGCAUGUCGACCAACUAGCGCAGAUGUUUCCACAGUGCGACAGAAGACAGAUCGCAUGGGACUUACAGAGGAAUGGUGGAAAUGUGGCGGCGACGACGGAACGUGUUCUCAGCGGGCGGGGCCUCGAUACUCCUCCCGCAUCGUUCAACCCGCCUCUUUCACGCUCAACACCACCCUCCAGGACCCCAACACCAGCCGCAAAGCCUUCGCAACCCGAUCUGAUCACGCGGUACAACCUUGCCUCCAAGAUCAGCAGUAGCGCAGACUCCGCUACGAAUACUUCAGAGUCCAAAGGGAAGGCAUGGUCCUCGGACAGGGAUGAAAGGCAGGCAAACCUGCAGCGACGACGGGAGGAGAUGAUCCUCGCAGCACGCAGGAAGCUUGAACAGAAGGAGAAGGCUAAGGCUUAA